CACCGGCUGGUCUGGGACGGACCUCGGGCGCCUCGCUCUUCGGUGGCCGCCCAGUUCUCUCGGGGUUCUUUCUCGGUAGUUCCCGACGCUCGGUAAGGGACGCUGAGGGCUGGCGGGGGCAGAGCGGAGGUGGAGCGUGGGGGAGACCGCUCGCUGACAGCGGCGCGGCUGGACGCGGACGGCGUUGGGCUCCGGCUCUCCUGGAGCUUCGUCUACCUUCCCCGGCCCGUGCGCGGGCGAUGCUGCAGCACCGAGGCUCGGCGCGCCGAGGACGGAAGGCGCCUCCCAGAGUCUAGAGCUGGUUCCCGCCCCCCGAGGCAAGUGGGCAUGGAACUGUGAGAGCCCCUCGCUUGGCGAGGCCGCUCGCGGAGGCUUCCCAUGGCCGGGACGUACAGCUCCACGCUGAAGACACUGGAGGACUUGACCUUGGACUCCGGGUAUGGGGCCGGCGACUCCUGCCGCUCGCUCAGCCUCUCGUCUUCAAAGUCCAAUUCGCAGGCGCUCAACUCUUCGGCGCAGCAGCACCGCGGGGCGGCCUGGUGGUGCUACUCCGGCUCCAUGAACAGCCGCCACAACAGCUGGGACACGGUGAACACGGUGCUGCCCGAGGAUCCCGAAGUGGCCGACCUCUUCUCGCGCUGCCCGCGGCUCCCGGAGCUGGAGGAGUUCCCCUGGACCGAGGGAGACGUGGCCCGGGUGCUCCGCAAAAGCAUCAGCGGCCGGAGGCUGCCCUCCUUCUCCGCCGAGGCGGUGAGGCGCUUGGCCGGGCUGCUCCGCCGGGCGCUCAUCCGCGUGGCCCGGGAGGCGCAGCGCCUGAGCGUGCUGCACGCUAAGUGCACCCGCUUCGAGGUGCAGAGCGCUGUGCGCCUGGUGCACAGCUGGGCGCUGGCCGAGAGCUGCGCGCUGGCGGCCGUCAAGGCGUUGUCCCUCUAUAGUAUGAGCGCUGGCGAUGGGUUGCGCCGUGGCAAGUCGGCGCGCUGCGGCCUCACUUUCUCCGUGGGCCGCUUCUUUCGUUGGAUGGUAGACACUCGCAUCUCUGUGCGCAUCCAUGAGUACGCGGCCAUCUCGCUCACCGCCUGCAUGGAGAACCUGGUUGAGGAGAUCCGGGCCAGGGUGCUGGCAAGCCAGAGCCCGGAUGGCGGAGGGGCAGGAGGCGGAGAGGUGUCUGCUGAAGCCUUGGAAAUGGUCAUCAACAACGACGCCGAGCUCUGGGGAGUCCUGCAACCCUAUGAGCAUCUCAUCUGCGGCAAGAACGCCAAUGGUGUCCUGUCCCUCCCGGCCUACUUCAGUCCCUACAACAGUGGGUCCCUGGGCCACGACGAGCGAGCCGAUGCCUAUGCUCAGCUGGAGCUGCGGACGCUGGAGCAGUCUCUCCUGGCCACGUGUGUGGGCAGCAUCUCAGAGCUGAGUGACUUGGUCUCGCGAGCCAUGCAUCACAUGCAGGGGCGCCACCCCCUGUGCCCCGGCACCAGCCCCGCUCGCCAGGCUCGCCAGCCACCACAGCCCAUCACAUGGUCCCCCGAUGCUCUUCACACACUCUACUACUUCCUGAGGUGUCCACAGAUGGAGUCCAUGGAGAACCCCAACCUGGACCCCCCAAGAAUGACCCUGAACAAUGAACGGCCCUUCAUGCUGCUUCCACCACUGAUGGAGUGGAUGCGGGUGGCUAUCACCUAUGCAGAACACCGCCGCAGCCUCACCGUGGACAGUGGGGAUAUCCGGCAGGCAGCUCAGCUGCUGCUACCAGGCCUGGACUGUGAGCCCCGCCAACUCAAACCCGAAUGCUGCUUCAGUUCCUUCCGGAGGCUGGACGCUCGAGCUGCUACUGAAAGAUUCAACCAGGACCUGGGCUUCCGCAUGCUCAACUGUGGGAGAACAGACCUCAUCAGCCAGGCCAUCGAGGCCCUGGGUCCGGAUGGGGUGAACACAAUGGAUGACCAGGGUAUGACGCCGCUGAUGUACGCCUGUGCUGCUGGGGAUGAAGCCAUGGUCCAGAUGCUAAUUGAUGCUGGGGCCAACUUAGAUAUACAGGUUCCGAAUAACUCUCCCAGGCACCCCUCCAUCCACCCGGACAGCAGGCACUGGACCUCCCUGACGUUUGCAGUGCUGCAUGGGCACAUCUCUGUAGUGCAGCUGCUGCUGGAUGCUGGUGCUAAUGUGGAGGGCUCGGCAGUGAACGGAGGGGAAGACAGCUAUGCCGAGACGCCCCUGCAGCUGGCCUCUGCAGCUGGGAACUAUGAGCUGGUCAGCUUGCUACUGAGCCGGGGCGCUGACCCCCUCCUCAGCAUGCUGGAAGCCAACGGCAUGGCCUCUUCUCUCCACGAGGAUAUGAACUGCUUCAGCCACUCGGCUGCCCAUGGCCACAGGAACGUCUUACGGAAGCUCCUGACUCAGCCGCAGCAGGCUAAAGCAGAUGUGCUGUCCCUAGAAGAGAUCCUGGCUGAGGGUGUGGAAGAAAGUGACACGUCGAGCCAGGGCAGCAGCGAGGGGCCCGUGAGGCUGAGCCGCACCCGCACAAAGGCCCUGCAGGAAGCCAUGUACUACAGCGCCGAGCAUGGCUACGUGGACAUCACCAUGGAGCUGAGAGCCCUGGGUGUCCCCUGGAAGCUACACAUCUGGAUAGAGUCCCUGCGGACCUCUUUCUCGCAGUCCCGGUACUCGGUGGUGCAGGGCCUCCUGAGGGACUUCAGCUCCAUCAAGGAGGAGGAGUACAACGAGGAGCUGGUGACAGAAGGCUUCCAGCUCAUGUUUGACAUCCUCAAGACCAGCAAAAACGACUCCGUCCUUCAGCAGCUGGCCGCCAUCUUCACACACUGCUACGGCAGCAGCCCCAUUCCCAGCAUCCCGGAGAUCCGGAAGACCCUGCCAGCCAGGCUAGAUCCUCACUUUCUGAACAACAAGGAGAUGUCGGAUGUCACCUUCCUAGUGGAAGGAAAGCUGUUUUAUGCACACAAAGUCCUUUUGGUGACAGCGUCUAACAGGUUCAAGACUUUAAUGACCAACAAAUCAGAGCAAGACGGGGACAGCAGCAAGACGAUCGAGAUCAGCGACAUCAAGUACCACAUCUUUCAGAUGCUGAUGCAGUACCUCUACUAUGGAGGAACAGAGUCCAUGGAGAUCCCCACUGCUGACAUCCUGCAGCUGCUGUCAGCUGCCAACCUGUUCCAGCUGGACGCCCUGCAAAGACACUGUGAGAUCCUGUGCUCCCAGACCCUUAGCGUGGAGAGCGCAGUCAACACCUACAAAUAUGCCAAGAUCCACAAUGCCCCAGAGCUGGCCCUGUUCUGUGAAGGCUUCUUCCUCAAGCACAUGAAGGCCUUGCUGGAGCAGGACGCCUUUCGACAGCUCAUCUAUGGCAGGAGCAGCAAAGUGCAGGGCCUGGACCCACUGCAGGACCUGCAGAGCACCCUGGCGGAGCGAGUGCAUUCUGUCUACGUCACCUCCCGGGUGUGAGGCAGGGUGGAGGGUGACUGCUGUCUGUGGGUGUGCAAAGGUCUGCUAAGGGCAAACACAG